UAUUAAACCGACCCCUUGCACAGCACCGCUACCUCGUCUUCGCUGUUUUCCUUUCUAUAAAUAAACGAGCAGGGUCUUGCAGUGUGCUGUGCUGUAGUGUUCACAGAGAUACGUACUUGUUUCAUUGAAAACGUUGUUAAUAAUGUAAUGUAUGGCUCUGAGUUUGCUUGGCUGCAUACCCGCAAAUAAAUAAACUCAUGAAGUUAAAAUAUGUGCCUAAUGUAAUAUACAGGGCAAUUCAGAAGCUGCUGAACACACCAGAGGGAGGGAUUUUAUCAGUGAAUGAGCGUUAGGUGCUGUUGAAAUGUAACUACAUUCCAGAGACUUUUUGUAUUCACCCAUAUGUUGUAGGUUGUGCUUAAGCACAGGGGAGCAGAACAUACAUUGUUUUUAUGUCCUGUUAACCUUUUAUGAUAUUUGCAAGCAAAACAAACUGACACUUGAUUCAGAUUAGCUAAUGACUAGAAGGCAAUUACUCCUUAGUGUUUUUAACAUGUCUCUUUACUGUUUAAAUAAAUGAAUCUGAAUCAACCCAGAAAUAAUGCAAAAGAUAACCUGCUGGGAAUCUCGUGGGUGGACAGCGGCUGGAUUCCCAUUCUCAACCCCGGGAAUGUUCUGGAUUAUUUCUCUGAGAGGAGUAACCCCUUCUAUGACAGGACCUGCAACAACGAAGUGGUCAAAAUGCAGAGGCUCACCCUGGAACAUUUAAACCAGAUGGUUGGAGUCGAAUACAUUCUGCUUCAUGCACAGGAGCCCAUUCUCUACAUCAUCCGAAAACAACAAAGACAGUCUCCAAAUCAAGUCAUCCCUUUGUCUGAUUACUACAUCAUAGCUGGUGUGGUGUACCAGGCUCCAGACCUGGGGUCUGUCAUCGGCUCUAGAGUGCUGUCUGCUGUGCAUGGGGUCCAGUCUGCAUUCGACGAGGCCAUGUCCUACUGCAGGUACCACCCCUCCAAAGGGUACUGGUGGCAGUUCAACGACCAGGAGGAGCGAGAAAAAUCCAAGCCCAAAACCAAGAAGAAGGAAGAGCCGAGCUCGCUGUUCCAGAGACAGAGGGUGGACAUGCUGCUCCUGGACCUGCGGCAGAAAUUCCCUCCUGCGUUUUACCAGCCAAAGUCUGGAGAAAAGCCUAUACCAGUGGAGAUAAAGAAGGAGCCUGAGGCGCCAGCAGAGACAGUGAAGCAGGAAGAGAGAGACUCUGCCAAGAAUCCCCAGCAAGCUCCCGCCACCAAAGCACCUCCAGAGAAACGAGCGAGGCUCCAGUGAUGGCACAGACACACACACACACCCCGAACACAGAGGGACAGGCUGCGGAGUGACGUUUUCUUUUCACCUGCUGUGAGUGUCUUGGCUUUGCGAUUUGGGAGUGAGACCCACCCUCUCCAGGCACGUGUUAGGUUCUGAUGGUGAAGACGAGGGGCUUCCUUGCUGCUCCUGAGCUGCUUAGUGCCAAAUGGACAGGGUUUGAUGUUCUUGACUCAAACUAGACCAUGGCAGAUGGGCUCAUGUUCAUGCGUUAGGUCAUCUGUCAGCAAACAGGCAAGCAAGCAUCACGACCUGCGGAUACUGUUCAUAGCAUUCAGCCACAUUUAGAGUCUUUAGGAUUUCUUGUGGUUUUUGUACUGAUCAAUGUCAUUUUCUAUACUGUACUUGCAAUGUAUUGCAGUUUUGUUUUUCGUAAGAAAGAAAUUGAAUUGCCAAUAAAUCUUUUUAUUCUG